AUGGAAGUGAAAGCUGAGAUUGUAUCUAAGGAGACAAUAAAGCCAUCAUAUGCAACACCUUUUGAUCGUCGAUACUUGAAACUCUCCCUCCUCGAUCAGUUGGCUCCUCCGUUCUACGUCCCUAUUCUCCUCUUUUACUCUUCUUCCGAUGCUGCAGACUUCAAAACAUUAUCUCUCAAGUUGAAGGUUUCUUUAUCACAAGUCCUCACUCUCUAUCACCCCUUUUGCGGAACCCUGAGAGGCAAUUCAGCCGUUGAGUGCAACGACGAGGGCGUUCUUUUCACAGAGUCUAGAGUUCCCAUAGAACUCUCAAACAUUCUCAAAAACUCUAACCUUUACCAGAUCAACCAACUUUUCCCAUGCGAUCCCUUCAACCCUUCAAGGGAAACUCCGCUGGGGAACAUGGCCGUUCAGCUGAACCAAUUCAAGUGUGGGGGCGUCGCACUUGGCGUCUGCUUCUCCCACAAGAUCGCUGAUGCUUCCUCAGUUGCAUCCUUCCUCACCGCUUGGGCUGCAACAUCAAGAAGGGAAGACAACAGAUUGAUACCACCUGAGAUGGAAGAAGGGGCGCUGGUUUUCCCACCGAGGAAGAUAGAAAUGGAUACUACUCGUGGCAUUAUUGGCCACAAAAACAUUGUAACAAAGAGGUUCGUAUUUAAUGGGACCGACAUAUCUAGACUGAAGCAAACAGUGGGAUGCUUGGAUUUCAGCCCCACGCGAGUUGAAGCCGUGACUGCACUCAUAUUGAAAUCAUCAUUGGAGGCGGCGAAAGCAUGUUCAGCGGAACGAAAAUUUCCCACGUCGAUGAUAUCCCAUGCAGUGAACAUUCGCAGCAAAAUGGGCUCAACUUUGUCGAAGCAUUCAAUGGGAAAUCUGUGGCAACCAGCAGUGUCUCCGUUGAUGGAGGUAGAAAGCGAAGUGGGGUUGCGCGAUUUGGGUGAGAGAGUGAGGGAAACAGUAAGAAAAGUUGAUGGAAAUUAUCUGAGUAAGCUUCAGGGUGUGGAGUUUUUUAAGGUAAUGGAAUCUUUGAAGGAAGCAAGAAUAAUGGCUUCCCUAAAGGGUGUUCCAUGUUAUGUGUUCAGCAGUUGGGUAGGAUUUGGGUUCUAUGAAACGGAUUUUGGAUGGGGAAGGCCAACUUACGUGCGCACUCUCGGAGUGCCCAUGGCGAACGUGGUGAUUUUUAUGGGUACAAAGGAAGGAGAUGGCAUCGAUGCAUGGGUAACCUUGACCACGCGUGACAUGGAGCAUUUUGAACAAAAUCCACAACUUCUUGAGUUUGUGUCAUUUGAUUCUUAA